GUCUAUCGAUGUCCUUGUAUGGAGAGUCGGUUGGACCGCGUAACGUGGUUUUGAUGUUGGCAUCUAGGUCACAAACUAUCUUAUAUAAGACAAUGUUUCUCUUCACCGCUAAAAUAGACGAAUAUUUAAAGGUCAUGAGGAUUGUUAUCGUUGCCUUAGUAGUAGGGGGUGCGCUUGUGGCGGAGGCGAACCAGAAAUGCACGGGGCACCCCUUGAUGUACAACGGCAAGAAGUGCGCCUCCACGACUAGGUACGCGGACUACCACAAGGGCGCGUGCGGCUGCGGGCCCGCCGACAACGACAACCAGUUUCCAUGGAACCACAGCGGGUUCGUAGUGGCAGCCAAUCAGGCUCUGUUCGACGGUGCGGGCGGUAAAUGGUGCGGUCCGUCAUGCGGAAAAUGUAUCAAGCUUACCACAACUGGUGGUUUCGUCGAUGGCCAAGGCGGAGCAACGGCCGAGGGUCAGUCAAGGAUAUUCAUGAUAACCAACCUCUGCCCCAACGAGGCCCCCAAUUUGAGCUGGUGCAGUCAACAAGGGAGUGACGGUGUCAACCAGUACGGCUACGGAGCGCACUUUGACCUAGAAAACGGCAACAACCAGAUCACCGGUAUUGGCUGGAACAACCCGGAAGUGACGUGGGAAUGGGCGGACUGCAACCACGGUCACGCCCUUUACGGCCUCACUCCCCUUCGUAGCAUGUGGCAUACGUGUCAGUGCUCACAACAUAGUGGCAAAAAGUAACACUGGCGUUAUCGCUCGUAUGUUUUGCAAAUAAAAUGAGCCACGCCCUGUGAAAAGGGGGUUAAAUGCAUGUGCGUAAAGCGUCGUUCCAGGAACGACACUUGCCGCCUAAAAUAGAUUUUAGCUAAGAAGAGACUUUCUUGAAAAGAAACAUAUUAUAAAAGCGGAACGUUACGCCCAUGAUUAGCCUGUGUGGACUGCACAGGCUUAUCUGGGACGACACUUUACACACAUGCAUUACACCGCUGAUUGACAGAGCAUGGCCCAGAUAUAAAAAUAA